AGAAUAACUGACAUAACCUAGAAGGAGGCACAUUCAUCAAAUAUGGAAGAGGACACUAAACCUCUCUUAGUUCCUGUGGGCGGCGAUGAAAGCAGUUAUGGAAUCAUGAAUAUACAGUUCAAUCCAGAAGAUUUUAAGUGCAAAAGACCAUUUCAUGUGGAGCCUACAAACAUAGUCAGUGUGAACGACGACAUGCAAAGAGUCACAGAUGAAGCUUCAGCAAUGAAUAAGCGGAUUCAUUACUAUAGCAGGCUCACGUCUCCUGCAGACAGGGCACUGAUUGCUCCUGAUCAUGUACUUCCAGCUCCUGAUGAAAUCUACGUGUACAGUCCAUUAGGAACUGCAUUUAAAGUUGAAAGUUGCACAGAUGGCUAUGGUAAAAACUCCAGUAUAGUGACAAUAUUUAUGAUAUGGAAUACAAUGAUGGGUACAUCUAUAUUAAGUAUCCCGUGGGGAAUAAAACAGGCAGGCUUUACUUCUGGAAUCAUUCUCAUCUUACUGAUGGGCAUUUUGACUCUUUAUUGCUGCUACAGAGUUGUGAAAUCACGCAAAAUGAUACCUUUAAUAGAUACCUCAAACUGGGAAUUCCCAGAUGUUUGCAAGUAUUACUUUGGAUCCUUUGGUCAAUGGUCAAGCCUCUUAUUUUCUAUGGUAUCGCUUGUUGGAGCCAUGGUUGUUUAUUGGGUGCUUAUGUCCAACUUUCUGUUCAACACAGGAAAGUUUAUAUACAACUUUGUUCAUGACAUUAAUGUAACAGAUAUUGUUCCUGGCACAAAUGGAAGUAACAAAGUCAUUUGUCCAAGUGCUGCUAGUGGUCACCCACCACAAAAUGAAAGUGUGAUGUUCUCUUCCAGUAACAAUACAGGUUUUGAACUCUUCGAAAAAUGGUGGAACAAAUCACAAACAGUACCGUUUUACCUGAUUGCUGUUCUUCUACCCCUGCUAAAUCUGAAGUCUCCAUCCUUCUUCGCAAAGUUUAAUGUCCUAGGUACAUUUUCAGUUGUCUACUUAGUUUUUCUGGUUACUGUAAAGGCUGUUCAUCUGGGAAUCCACUUGGAAUACAACUGGUUUACAGAAAAUGAAUUUUUUGUACCAG